AUGUCUGAUCACCACGGCGCGAAGCGCACUGCCUCGGAAGCCGACGCCUCAGACCACCCUGCAUCGAACGGCGCCGCGCAUGGCCAUGACCAUCACAACCACAACCACAAGCACGCGCGCCCUGCGACGGCCACAGCCACCACUGCGGCGGAUGUCGCUCAGGCGCGCAAGCUGCUCAAGCUCGCCUCCGACGACGCCUCCGAGUCGCAGGCCGUCAAGAACUUCCGCGAGUUCCUCCGCAUCAAGACAGUGCAUCCCAACCCAGACUACGACACCGCGCUGCACUUCCUCCGUCGCAUGGCGGGCGAGCUGCACCUGCCGUUCGAGACGAUCGAGGUUGCUCCUGGCAAGGUGAUUGCAAUCAUGUCCUGGAUUGGCACGUCGCCCGAGCUUCCUUCCAUCAUGCUUAAUGCUCACACUGACGUUGUGCCCGUGUUUGAGGAGUUCUGGACCCAUGGACCGUUCGAUGCCACCAAGCUGGAGAAUGGUGACAUCAUUGGCCGCGGCACGCAAGACAUGAAAUGCGUUGCCAUUCAGUACAUUGAAGCAGUUCGUAAUCUGAUUGCUCAAGGCGUGCGAUUGGCUCGUACUCUCCAUCUCACAUUCGUUCCUGAUGAGGAGAUUGGCGGUCACUCUGGCAUGGAACUGUUCGUCGAUCACGAACGUUUCAAGGCAUUGAACAUUGGAUUUGCACUGGACGAAGGUCUGGCCAACGAAACCGACGCCUUCACCGUGUACUAUGGCGAGCGAGCUCCAUGGUGGGUUCGUGUGAAGGCUGUGGGUCGACCUGGACAUGGCAGCCGCUUUGUCGAGAACACUGCCACCGAGAAGCUGAUGCGCGUCAUUGAAAAGUUCUUGGCUUUCCGUCAACAACAAAAGAGCUUGCUCGAAUCUGGCGAGGCCAAGACGCUGGGAGAUGUCACCACGCUGAAUCUGACCAUGUUGGAAGGCGGUGUGCAGUUCAACAUUGUGCCAGCGGAGGCUUCUGCCGGCUUUGACAUUCGCAUCCCUCCAACGGUCGAUCUGGUCGAGUUCGAAAAGCAACUUGGUGUCUGGACCUCCAGCGAGGAGGGAGUUACUUUUGAGUUUGUCUCAAAGUUUGAGAACAACCAGAUGACGGUUCUCGAUGAUAACAACGUGUGGUGGAAGGCGUUCAAGACUGCCUGCGAUGCUCAGGCCCUGACUCUUGUCACCGAGAUCUUCCCUGCCGCGACGGAUUCUCGCUACAUUCGCCAGAAAUCAAUCCCUGCGCUCGGAUUCUCGCCCAUCAACAACACCCCCAUCCUUUUGCACGAUCACAACGAGUUCUUGAACGAGGCCGUGUUUGUGCGUGGCGUCACCGUGUACGAGCAUGUUCUCAAGUCGAUCGGCAAUGUUCCUCCCCAAUGAAAGCUCUCGGACAUGCUUGUGCCUGUCUGCUCCGAUGGUUCAGCUGUUCAUGUUAAAUCCAAUGGAGUGUGUGACCAGCUCGUUGAUUCUGUGCUUGUUUUUGCUUGUUCCUCACAUGCGGCGCAAUUCAUUUCGUCCAAUUCAAGCUGUCUCUGGAAACUUUUGCAACUUUUGUUUUUCU